CUCUCAUGCACCAUUAACACUCUUGUGGCCCCCUGAGGUGAUAUCCCUCCUCUUGUUUGAGGGGUGUGACUACCAAAUUCUACCCAUCUAUGUUCCGCAGCAGAAUGGUCUUCCAUAUUCUUAAACCCAAGGUGAGGAAAUGGAGCAAUUAAAAUGUUGUAUUUUGAAGUGACAACUGUGAUCACACAAUCCUUCAAACUGGGUGCCUGUAAUGUUUUUAAAAAGCAUAACUGUUAACAUUGUUUUAAAUCAAUCUAUAUCAGUCUAUAUAGACAAUAGACAAUAGGUGCAGGAGGAGGCCAUUCAGCCCUUUGAGCCAGCACCGCCAUUCAAUAUGAUCAUGGCUGAUCAUCCUCAAUCAGUACCCCGUUCCUGCCUUCUCCCCAUAUCCCCUGAUUCCAUUAUCUUUAAGAGCUCUAUCUAACUCUCUCUUGAAAGCAUCCAGAGAAUUGGCCUCCACUGCUUUCUGAGGCAGAGAAUUCCACAGAUUCACAACUCUCUGUGUGAAAAAGUGUUUCCUCAUCUCUGCUCUAAAUGGCUUACCCCUUAUUCUUAAAUAUCUCUCGUUUCCCUUAUCCCUAACCAGUCUGAAGAAGGGUCUCGACCCGAAAGGCCACCUAUUCUUUCUCUUCAGAGAUGCUGCCAGUCCCGCUAAGUUAUUCCAGCAUUUUGUGGCUAUCCUUUGUUUGAAAUCAAUGCAGCAAUUGAUUCACCAUUUUAGUAUGAAGAUUAUGCAAUUAUAGCUCUCUGAUCUUUUGGCAGUACUUGAAUGCAGUGAAAUGACCUGCCAAGUCCAUUGUAAACACGGGCUGCACACAAAGGAACUGUAUCCAAACACAACUUCAUUACCAUGCAACCAACUGCAUUAAUUUCACUUCCAAAGCCAACCAUGCCUCACCUUAGCAAUGAAACAACAACUCAGACGGCCAAGACCUAGAGUUGGGGAAGAACUUGUCUGUUCUAGUUUCAAAGUGGAAUUAAAAAAAAAUAUUUCAAAUGAAUUCAGAGAGAAUUCCAAGAAGCAGAUCACUGAAGCUUAGCUGGGUCUCCACAUAACAGAUAUCCCUUCCAUCUGCGUUAUUACAACCGUGCGAAUGCACGGAGGUUUGAGUGAUGAUCAUGAGGUCUAGAAUGCUGCAUAGAUGCUCCUUCCUCAUGGAAGCAAGGAGAUGACGUAGCCAGUAUGGCUUUGACAUAUGAGGAGUAUACUGCUCCACAAGGCACACUGGUGAAGCCUUAUUACUGGCUGCACUUCACUGAAAGUUGUCCCAAGUGCCCGUAUCACAUCAAAACCGGAGAUGAGGCCCGUGUAUCCUACAUGGAAUUUUAUGAAACCUUCGGCUUUCCCUACGCUCAGCCACAGCGCGGGAAUCAUCUAGUUUUUUAUGAGCUGAAGUUAUCAUCAGGCACGUUGGUGCAGAAGGGACAAGUAUCCAACUGUGCUUUGUACCAGCUACAUCCAGAGGCAAUGUUCUUCGAUAUGGAGGGCUACCUGGAUGCACUCAUGUACUCCUAUGAAGACAUUGCGUACAUCACCCUAUAUUCCAAUUACACCCCGUGCAAUGAGCGAGCCCAUGGCUGCAUCGGCAAAAUACACGAUUUCUUACUGAACUACCCGAGCACGAGGUUAGACGUCUACUUUUCCGCGCUCUACCAUAUCGACGACCGCCAUUACGAAUCGGGCUGGAACACUGAGGCUCUCCACACAUUGGCAGCGCUGUGGCCCAGAGUGACCAUUAAUCCCAUCAGUAACGGGACAUGGCUGGCCAUUCUUCACAGGUUCGUGAAUGGCGUGCCCUGGACCGCACUUUAUAACCCCGUCUUGCCCGAAAGAGCUUCUGCCGAUCUGGCCAACGCCCAUCAGAUCGCCACCAUCACCGGCGUCAACCCUUCCUAUGUUGACGUCGCCCCUCAUGCCAAGCAGCAGAGGCAACGUUUUAGACCGGAAGGUGCGAAGUUGUACAAGUUUGCGCAAGCAGCACUGCCCGCCAUCAACGGGACGCCGUUCGCCUCUCCAUACCAACCCUACGCCAAUCUCUUCAAUCUGCCCGCACUGCCCUGGUCAAUGUAUCCCCCCCAACCGCAGAAAACCAGGCCAAAGAUCGUGGUGAGACAUCUCAACAUGCCGGGCACGUCUGAGUGGAAAACCCAUUCAUCCCCGACAAUCCGCGAUGAACAAGUAACCGAGAUGGUGGUGAUAAACGAGGUUCCACUUAAGGAGAAAGCAAGCAACUCCAAGGGGCAGGAGAAGAACAAGGCAAGGCCAAAACACACAAGGAGGAACUAGCAAAUAGUUAGAAACUGGUCAAAGUGCAAAAUAAUAUCCCUUACAGCAGGUUAGAUGUCAAUUCAAGGUUCAAUGAUGUAGUGUUGCAGUAUCGUAGAACGAGCCUCAGAAUCAUAUGGCACGCAAAUAGGCCAUGCUGACCAAGAUGGGCCCAUCUACCCAUGUUUAGCUCAUGUCCCUCUAAACCAUUCCUACCUGGCACAAUUCUUACAGGCAGCGUAGUGGCACAGCUGAUAGAGCUGCGGCCUCACAGCACCAAGUUUGAUGCUGACGUCAGGUGCUGUGUGUGUACGUGGAGUUAGCACGUCAUCCCCGUAACCGCCUGGGUUUCCUUCCACAUUGCAAAAAGACAUGGCUGCUGUAAAUUGUCCCUAGUGUCUAGGGAGAAACUAGUGUGAAUAGGUGAUCGAUGUUCUGCAUGGACUUGAUGGGUCGAAGGGCCAACACUAAAACGCUACUAGACUCCUGUAAAAGCAUUAAAUGUCUGCCCGAUCAGAUUAACGUCUUCUUCUUGCGUAUAGUGUGCACAGCCUAAAGUUGUAGGACAACUUGUUCUAUUUGAUCUUAUUUGAUUGUGCACGCUGGGUUGAUUGUAUUUGUCUAAACAGGGCGGACCACGUGAAGGUUGCAAUCUCCCACCCCCAUCAGAUUACCUGUUGUACCACGAUUCUAUUCCAGGUUAACUUUAGUCAGACGGUGGUGAAUCUGUGGAAUUCUUUGCCACAGAAGGUUGUGGAGGCCAAGUCAAUGGAUAUUUUCAAGGCAGAGAUAGAUAGAUUCUUGAUUAAGGGGUUAUGGGGAGAAGGCAGGAGAAUGGGGUUAGGAGGGAGAGCUAGAUCAGCUAUGAUUGAAUGGCAAAGUAGACUUAAUGGGCCGAAUGGCCUAAUUUUAUUCCUAUUCCCAAUGACCUUAUUCAGUUAUAUGCACAUGUACUGUGUUUCUGAAUCCUAUGGAUUUGAAUGCAAAUUCCACUUUUGUGCAACUGAUCCAAGGGAUAUGCUGAUGCAAUUGAAAUCCAUGGCAACAAUGGAUAGGAACUAUCUAGGUUCCAGCUCACACAGAACCAUUCCCAAGCAAGGAAGCUAAAAGCUAUCAGGUGAAGAGAAAGCAACAGAGAAAAAAUAUUAUUUUUAUAUUUAAAAUGGACAUAAAGUGUUGGAGUAACUCAGCGGGUCAGGCAGCAUCUGUGGAGAACAUGGAUAGGUGACAUUUCACAGAGUGCUGGAGUAACUCAGCGGGUCAGGCAGCAUCUGUGGAGAACAUGGAUAGGUGACGUUUCACAGAGUGCUGGAGUAACUCAGCUGGUCAGGCAGCAUCUGUGGAGAACAUGGAUAGGUGACG